AUGAAAGUCAAAAUAGAAUUAAAAUUCCUAGGAGGAUUAGAAAGCUAUUUAGAAGAUAAAUCUAAGAAUUAUGUCACAUUGGAAAUUGAUUCAAAGGAAUUGAAUUUUGAAAAUUUAAUUGCUUUUAUAAGAGAUAACAUAAUAGAAAAAAAAUUUGUUUUUUCAGAUUAUGAUAUAGUAAGUGCAGAUGAGAAAUUAUGUAAAGUACUAGUUGAUAAUAAAGAAUAUUCUAAUUAUAAUUUAAAAGAUAAAGCCAAAAUAAAACCAGGAAUAAUUGUUUUGGUUAACGAAUAUGAUUGGGAAAUCUUGGGAACAUAUUCUUACCAAAUUAAAAACGAUGAUAAAAUAUGUUUCUUAUCAACAUUACAUGGUGGUUAA